AGUCAUUGGCAUCCCGAUCCUCUACCUGUUAAUUCAUCCUUCUUCCAUACGGUCGCAUAUCCUUCAGAACCCAUCCGUCCAACAUGUCUCCCUCACUCCACCCUCUCCUCGACAACGGCAUCACCAAGGGAGACCCCAACUUCCCCGGGGGUAACCUCUAUUGCAAAUGCUCCUCCGACAAGGUCGUUGUUAAGCUGGCCAGCAACGUCGCUCACAACCACGCCUGCGGCUGCUCCAAGUGCUGGAAGCCCGCCGGAUCGCUGUUCUCCAUCGUCGGAGUUGUUCCCCGCGACGCCGUCUCCGUUACCGAACACGCAGAGAAGCUGUCCAUCGUUGACGCGUCCGCCGCCAUUCAGAGAUAUGCCUGCAAGGGCUGCGGGGUGCACAUGUUCGGUCGCAUCGAGAAGGACCACCCCUUCAAGGGUCUGGACUUUGUGCACGCCGAACUGUCCGACCAGAAGGGCUGGCAAGAGCCUCAGUUCGCUGGAUUCGUCUCCUCCAUCAUUGAGCAGGGCUUCCAUCCCCAGGGCAUGGAGGAGGUGCGCUCCAAGUUCCACUCCCUCGGUCUUGAGACAUAUGAUGCCCUGUCACCGGCACUGAUGGAUCUGAUUGCCACGUUCACGGCUCAACGAGCGGGAGUGUUGUCUGCAAAUCUCUAA